AUGAAUUUGCUGGCCACUAAAGAUGUAGAACAUGCAGCUUGGACGAACAUUCAACCCCGAAUAGAGAAGCAUAUGGAACACAUCAGACAGCUGCGCCUUGCUUUUGAACAACAUGAUCCAGGCAAAGCGACACUUCCGCUCCCGGGAGAGUUGCUACGGCGCCCAGAAAUUGUCGCUAUUGUCGUUCAGCCUAGUGAGGUCAAAGUCGACAGGGAAGCCUUCGAUCCCUUCCGUGAGCUCCUUCCAGACUGGACGCAGAGAUGGCGCGAAGAAUGCGAGGCACAGCUCCAUGCGAUUGUGCUCGGCUCGCUGGAGUACAAGGACAAGCUUUCCGCAAACGUCGACCCGCUCUCACUCGCAAGCGUCGCGUUCGACUGCAAAUCCUGCCAGAGCUACGCAGAAAACGACAACCUGCUCCCGCCACUGCCACCCCACAUGAUCGCGCACGGCUGUCUCACGGGCCCCUGCAGCAUGUGGAACGGCAAAGACCCUGUCGAGCGCGUGAUCUGCGCGGCCACUCUGUACCCGCCCGGCGUGACGAUCGUGGGAUACAGGUCGUGGAGCGCAAAAAGCCUGCGCAUCGGUGUAUGGCACCGCCGCGCAUGCGAAGUUAUACGUGCAGUAGGCAAGAAUCCUAUGACGACGACGCGCGAGGAGAUGGACGCGCUCGAGGUGCGGUUCUGGUGCAAGACCUGUCUCGAGGACGGCUAUGAGGAGGAGCAAUGGCAGGUCAUGAAGUGGUGGGAUGCGCUCUACCACUACGUCUAUCACGACCUUGUGAAUGACCUUGUGAAGCCGGUCGACUACGCCGCGCUGCCGGCCUCGCGCAAGCUCAUGCACGCGCACUGGGAGGUCAUGUCUGGAGAGAUUGUCUCUUCAAUCAAGGCGAUCAAGUCGCUGGCAUCCAAAGUCUACUUUAACCGCUCGUUCAAGACUCAUCCUGACGCGAUAUGGUACUUCUGCAGCCACUGCCACGUCGGGUGGGAGAACUGCCUAGAUAUUGAAGAGCACCUAUAUACCAAGUGA